UCACGCAACAAGAAUCUCACGUUUCGCUCUGUUUUUGUUUAUAUUCGAAGCACCGGUGUGGUGUGCUCUGAACUAAAUUUUGCGGAAGAAAAAUUUUAUAUUAAUAUACUUUUUAUAAAUAGAACAAUGAGUUGCCAAAGGGCUUUUCUGGGACUUCUUUUGCGUCCGCCUUCUUUGAUUUUGCGGUCCGGAAAAUUUGCAAAUUCUCCGUCGCAAAUUUUGUUCAAGCCGAAGCCGACCUUCUCGGUGCUGCUGACCAGGUCUUACGCAAAGGGCAAAAGCAAGGGCGCGGAUGGCAAGAACAAGAAGAAGCAGGCGGCGUCGGCAAUCAACGAGAACGACUUUGCCGAACUCGUUGCCGUGGACGCCAUGAAGACCCAAAUGCAAAGGGCUCUGGACAUUUUGAAAGACGAAUACGUCAAAAAUCUUUCUCUUAGAUCUACAACAGGCUCCAUCGAAUCUAUCAAAGUCAAAUUCGAAGGCCAGGAUCACGCCUUAAACGAGUUGGCUCAGGUUGUACGAAAAAACCCCAAAACUUUGGUUGUCAACUGCUCGUCAGUGCCUCAGUCCAUCCCGAACAUCCUACAGGCCAUCAAGCAGUCGGGAAUGAAUCUAAAUCCCCAGCAAGACGGCACAACCCUUUUCAUCCCUAUCCCAGUUGUUACCAAGGAGCACAGAGAAAAUUUAGCCAAAAAUGCAAAGUCCUUGUUUAUUAAGGGCAGGGAUAACAUUAAAGAGGUGCAGAAUAAGUAUGUUCGAAAUCUGAAAAAGGCAGCAGGCGUCUCCGAAGAUCUAAUUUUUGGAGCACAGCAACAGAUUACGGCAAUAGCAGAUAAAUAUGUAGGCGAAGCUGAGAAAAUGUUGCAAACCAAACAGGAAGAACUAGUGGGCAAACAGUAGCAGUGCAAAAAAACUUGUAAAUACGUACGUCAUUCAAUAAAGAAAGAUAUUCAAUUUUAAAUUCA